AUUUUACCACCUAUUCGACAACACCAAAAUUCAAGAUUCAUUGCGUAGGCUGGUAAAUUACAAAUAUCACUAUUUAGAAACUCGGGGGUUCUUGGCUAACUUGGGUUUCGGUAUCCGCGGGGGCUUCAAGCCUGAACUUGGGCUCACGGGUUGAUGGGGGGUCGUUGAACCCCUAUUACUUGAGGCACAUUCCACCAUAUAUAUUAAGAGGUUCUUGCGCCAUAUUAUAUGCCAACUUUAGAUGACGCGGACGUAGUUAGUUGAUCUAGAGCUCAUAUGAAGUGUCAUACUUCAUACUCGCCUACUUAGAUCGAGAUGCGUGCCGCCGUAACCUGUGGAAUUCUGCAAGAGUGUCUCGCGCAGACAAUCGCUCUCCCGCCGCCUACGGGAAAAUACCAUGUCGGCGUCUCAAAACAUACAAUUGAGAACUACAAUCCGAACGAUCCUCUAGCUCCUAACAAUAUCAGCACCGAGUUCCUGGCCACAAUAUACUAUCCCACACUCCAGAAACCUGUCGGCCCGCCCCAGCCGUACCUCGAGCCUGAGUUAGCCGCGAGGUUAGAGCCGCUGUUGAAUUACAAUGCUAAUUUUCUGUCAACCUUCACCUCAACUAUCCAGCAAGACGCGCCUUUCCUGUACGAUGUAAAGUCAACGCCAACCCUCCUGUUCGGCCCAGGCGGCAGCGCGCCUUCGGUCCUUAACACUAUUGUAAUUUCCGAGAUGGUAUCCCAUGGAUAUACCGUCGUGGCGUUGGAUCAUCCGUUUGAGCAGCCGUUUAUUCGCUACCCUAAUAGGACGGGUGUUAUGGGCGUUGACAUCGAUUUUGCCGCACCUGGGCUCAUUGAAGCGCUUUACAAUACCCGCCUGGUCGACAACGCAGCGUUCAUGGAAUAUUUUCCAAAGCUAACGCAUACUCUCGGAGCACCGUUCAAUACAACGCAUUUCGGCCUUUUUGGGUUUUCAUUAGGAGGUGCCGCGGCGAUCGGUUCCGCCCACAACGAUCACGUCGUGUCGGUUCUUAACCUUGAUGGCGCGGUAUGGGGCGUGCCCGCACUGAAUAACAGCCAGGCUGAUGGAGCAAAGCCGGUCUUUUUGCUCGGAAAUGAAAAUCAUACAACCGAGAAUUAUAUGUACGAUCCCUCCUGGCAGACUUUUCUGCCGUGGCAAACUGGGUAUUCCAGGCUUUUCACUAUCAAGGGCUCGAUGCAUCUUGAUUUCAGUGACCUUACCUUCUGGAAGAUAUUCGGGCCUCCAAAUCCACUCGCUGGCCGGAUUGAUGGGAACCUCCAGCUUAAUAUGGUAAUUGCUUAUGUUAAGGCAUUUUUCGACUUUACCCUGCUUGGGCAGGAUUCUCCGUUGCUGGAUGGGCCUCCAACAACAGAAUGGCCCGAGGUCAUAUUCCAUGAUCAAACGGCAUGAUAAAAUAUCUCACUUACUAGUCUGAUGGAAAUGUGGUUUAAGUGCCCGUUAGAGUAAGGUGGCUGGUAUUCUCGACUUCACUACUGUCAGGGGCCGCAGCGCGGAGGAACAAAGAGAUACAUUGUAUAUACUCCGAGAAGUCUGAAUUCUUUCAGACGUCUGACCUGUUAGACCUUGUGCCGCAAUGAGAGCCUUACUGUAUACCGUGUACAGCCCUUCUGACAACUACCAUGUUGCUUUAAAGGGUUCUGUUAUUGUUCUGUCUACCCUGGCUUGCAUGGUCUGUAUAACAAGAGAAGAUAUCUAGGCUUGGAACUCCAUGCUAUUCAGAUUACAAUGAUC